GUGCGCGUGUGUGCGUGCCCACUCAUGGCAGCGGACUAUGACGGCUCGUAGAUUUGACAGCUAGCUCAAUGCGGGUACAGACGUUCAUUUAUAUGACGAGCGAUGUAAUUUCGUGAAAAUAUAGUUGGCGGUUUAUUUACGUGCGAAAUAGUGACGUUUCAGUUUCGGAAGUUUCAGUGGGGAGCAACCGUAAGUUUUCCCGCAAACUUGAACUUGAGUUCGCAAGGACUCUACUUUGCGAUUGAUUUGUGAAUAUGUUCGCAAUUAGAUGCGCUCCGUUGAAAAUCUGUAUAAAGGGUAGCGACGUGAAUAAAAUAUCGCUCCCGCUUUAUUGACCCUUAAUGCUCCGGAGCACUUCCUGAUAAACGAAAAAAUGAAUCGACAGCUAAUAGACUUAAUGGAAAUAAAUCAGAUAGUACGACAAAGGAGGUGAUAUAGACUCGUGCCUUAUAAAAUAAAGUGAUGUGAAGAAAACUAAAACGUAAUAUAUAAGUGAAAACAAAGUGACAUAUUUACAGGAAUGUUUGAUAAGAAUUAAUAAAGUGCAUUAUUUACAUAUAUUUAUUGAUUAGCCGAGUUUCUGAUGAGGAAGUAUUGUUUGCUGACACAUCGUGAAUCAGCAGAGCUAUCAAAAACCGCUGUGUAGUGAAUGGAAUCCGAAGUGUCCGUGUGGUGACUAGUACUGUGAUAGUGUCGGCCGAUCCGGCCGAGAACCUGCGACGGAAGAUCCGGACGCCGGCCACGCGGGCGGCGCGCCCGCGAUGAGCGCCAACAACUGCGACAGCAUGACAUAUUUCUCUAACGCCUACAUGCCCGACAUGCGCAACGGAGGCGGACACGACCACCAGCAGGCGCACGCGCACUACGGUGCCGUGCCGCAGCAGGGACACGACAUGGACGGCUGCGACCAGCAGCUGCGGCCGGCGCAGCACCACUACCCGGCUCAGCCGGCGCCAGGCAUGCCCUACCCCAGGUUUCCGCCCUACGACCGGCUGGGCUACUACCAGCAGAUGGAGCAGAACGGCUACCGGCCCGACAGCCCCACGCAGAUGGGGCACAACAUGGGCCCCAAGACCGACGGGUACGGGCCCAACGGUCACCAACCCCCCGCCCCAGCGGUGUACACGUCGUGCAAGCUACAGGCGGCGGCGGCGACGGCGGGCGGAGUGCCGGGCAGCCCGCCGCUGGAGCAGGCGCAGCAGAUGCCGCACCACAUGCACCCGCAGCAGCACAUGGUGCAGCACGGCGUGCCGCCGCACCAGCAGCACCUCAUGUACCCCGUGGACGACAUGCAGCACCAGACGCAGAUGCCGCCCAUGCACCAGCAGGCCAUGCACGCGCAGCAGGCGCCGCCGCAGCAGCCCCCACCUAACACUAACGCCUCGUUGCCGAGCCCCCUCUAUCCCUGGAUGAGAAGUCAAUUUGAGCGGAAGCGGGGUCGUCAGACGUACACCCGGUACCAGACCCUCGAGCUGGAGAAGGAGUUCCACUUCAAUCGGUACCUGACGCGGAGGAGACGAAUCGAGAUCGCGCACGCCCUCUGCCUCACCGAACGCCAAAUCAAAAUCUGGUUCCAGAACCGACGCAUGAAGUGGAAGAAGGAGAACAAGACCAAAGGGGAACCCGGCUCCGGAGACGAGCCGGACAACAUGAGUCCGCCCACGUCCCCCCAGUAGUCCAGCGGUCCAAGCCCGGAUCGAAUCGGUUUCGGUGUCCGUUAUUUUUCUGUUGCGAUCGACCGGAGUUAGAACAGUUUAAUUUGUAUAAAUCGUAUGUUGGACUUACUAUUACAUAACUAAUACGUAACUUAGUGAUUCGAAGUAAUAAUGAUAGUGUGAUGAAGAGAUUUUUACAGUCGUUAAGAGUAAAUUAAUUUAUAGAAGGAACUCUCAAUACCAAUAAUUACCAAAAAUCCAUGUAUAUGACUAGUGUACAUCAGUAAAGAUGUGAUCGCAUACAAUAAUAGCCGAGCGACAGACUCCAGUAUUUUUUUUAAUUUAACUUAUUUAAAGUGCUCGAUAUUUUGUGAAAGUGACUACACGACGCGUUAUAAGUAUUUAUUGAAUCUCCCCGGGUCGAGCACUCGAAAACUUCUUAUUUAUAGAAUCACAAAACCACAAGGACCUCUUAUAAUUAACCAUUGAUAAGAAGGCAAUUAGUAUGGAUAUUGUUAUUAUUUAAUAUAUUUGAUGUUUUAUUUUAAUUAAGCUAUCGAAACGCUAUUCUGUACAUAUUAAAAUAAUAAUUUUUAGAUUUUACGAUUAUGUACAAUUGUUUUAGUGUGAAUAUGAAGGCAACGACUCUCCUCGGCGUGCCGCAGGAGAUAGUGUAAUGUGGAUGUUCUCUGAUUCUGUUUGUAGUCGGGAAGGCCAGUUCUACGUGCAAUGUAUACGAUUUUCGAAAACACAUAUACGUAAUUUAAAAUCAUAGGGAUAUCAUAAAUUAAAUGGCGAUGCAUAUUUCUAUAUACUUUUGUAACGUCUAAUGUUUUAAGCAGUCUACUUAAGUCCUAUUUAAAUUCGAAACAGAGAGAUUCACUAUGUAUUUAUAGUAAAUGAAAGUUACCUUCAAUUUGUAGGGACGUAUCUUAUGUUUUCUUCCUGACCUGUGUUACGUAUAGGUGAAAUGACAUAAUAUACAGUAUACCAAAGUUAGUGAAUAAACUUCUGAUAAACCCUUUUAUAUAUUGCCUCCUCACUCGAGGGAUGUCUCGAUGCAAAACCAAUAAUUAUUAUUUGACUUAUUUGUUAAUAAAUCCAGACAGACAAAAUAUAUUAUUAAAAAUCGAUUAAUCCAAAGAUUUAAUCAAUGUUAUAGACAAAAUAUAUUAUCAUAGUAGCUCUUUGAAUCUGUAUUACUGUACCAGCACCUAUUUGUGAAUUUUUUAAUUUGUAAUGACCAAAAAGUAGAUAAUGCUUGAUCUCGUGACUGUAUAAUUUUAGUAACAUAUUAAACUGUACUUAAUAGUUUAACUUUACUAGACUUUAUUCUUACUAUCUAAUAGUAUAUUUAUCAAACUGUGAGCUGAUAUUAAUUUAAGUGGUUUUUUAUUAAAUUAGUAGACCAUAAUGAUUCUGCGACUAGAAAAUGCCUGUUUAUAAGACUUUUUUCAUCUUUUACCGCAAUUUUCUGAAAAAUAAUACCAUAGAAACUCCGAAAAAAAUGUUAUUGGUUUUGUGUCUAGAUAUUUAACUAUUCGGCCGACAAAUAUACGAAUCUUGAAGACUUAUGUAAAGGUAUUUUUAUAAAAUCAUUGCCUGAAAAAACCUAUAUACGUAAAAAAUAUCAAUUAAUAUUUACUCAUAACUUACUAGUGUUACUGUUGAAAUCGCUGAGUGCCCUUUGAAAGGUUGGAUUGGGAUUCAAGUUAUACGUUUUAUCGAAUAGUGUAUACUAUUUAUUGUAAAUUGUUUUUUUACAUAGAUUGUAACUAGCGAAUGUUUUAUGAACUCAGUGAGCCCGUUUUUUUAUUUGUGCUGUGUUCGUUAAGUGUAAAUUGUAAUAACUGUAUAUUGUCGAUAUUUUUACAAAAUAUUUAUUUAUUUUGCUUAAUUAGGUUUACACAACAAUGUUCUAUCUGGCCAGAACGUUUUGCUCAAUCAUGGAUUCCUGUGAAUUUUGUUUGCCGACUUUGCGAUGAUUUGAUCCACUUUGAAUUUGAAGGCAAGCUAUUCGAAAUUCGUGCCAGAUAGAAGUGUUUCAAUUGGAGAAUAAGUUAAUCGGAUGAAAUUAAGUUGGAUUAGGUGCCGACUGUCCAUGACAUUAAACGAGAAGGGUACCGAAACGAUAGGCUACCUGAGAAGGUUUUAUUUACCAUUAUUUCCUAUCGAUCAAAAUUUAUGAAAUAUAAUUAUAAUUAGUAACUUAAUAAGGUUAGGCGAGACGAUAUUGUCAUAAAUAUAUAAAUACAUGAAAUUAAUAAAGCAUAAUGAUUGUA